CAAGGACCCCAUCACAGAGCUCAGAGAGCUCUGGGCCUUCUUCCCUGGCCAGGCUGUGCUUGAGAGGGCUGCCCAGUCAGGGGUCCCUAAGGAACACAGAGCUCCCGUCCCAGUGGGUGUACAAACUGCUGACCACAGGCAAAUACGGAGCUACCCAAAGCGACACUGAGAGCCUCUCUCUGAAGAUUCUCCCAGGCCUGGAGGGUUCUGGGUGUCCUAGGACUAAGUAUGUUGGCAGACUUCCAGAAGGGCCCCCCAAAGCCCUAACCUCUCCCGCCAAAGCAUGUGUCUAAGCUGAGCCCCCGCCCCAAGCCUCCGAUGGCAGGAAACCAAUUUCUCUCGGUGACGUGCUUCUGAGAGUUCCACUGAGGAGCGAUGGGAAGUCAGCCCAGCAGAGGGAAAGCCCUGCCAAGCCCAAGCUUGAGCCCCUCCGUCCAAGGCCAGGGCCCUGUGACCGUGCAACCAGACAGGAGUAGGGCCACAGCUGUGGCCCUGGGCAGUUUCCCGGUAGGUGAGCAGGCAGAGCUGUCGCUGAGACUGGGGGAGCCACUGACCAUCAUCUCUGAGAAUGGAGACUGGUGGACGGUGCUGUCAGAGGUCUCAGGCAGAGAGUACAGCAUCCCCAGCAUCCAUGUGGCCAAGAUCUCCCAUGGGUGGCUGUAUGAGGGCCUGAGCCGGGAGAAAGCUGAGGAACUGCUGCUGCUGCCUGGAAACCCUGGAGGGGCCUUCCUCAUCCGGGAGAGCCAGACCAGGAGAGGCUGUUACACCCUGUCAGUCCGCCUCAGCCGCCCUUCAUCCUGGGACCGGAUCAGACACUACAGGAUCCACCGUCUUGACAACGGCUGGCUGUACAUCUCACCACGUCUUACCUUCCCCUCACUCCAGGCCCUGGUGGACCAUUACUCUGAGCUGGCGGAUGACAUCUGCUGCCUCCUCAAGGAGCCCUGUGCCCUGCGGAGGGCUGGCCCACUCCCUGGCAAGGCCAUACCCCUACCUGUGACUGUACAGACAACGCCACUCAACUGGAAAGAACUGGACAGCUCCCUCCUGUUCUCUGAAGCAUCUGCCACAGGGGAGGCAUCUGUCCUCAGCGAGGGGCUCCGGGAGGCCCUCAGCUCCUACAUCAGCCUGACCGAUGACAUCUCCUUGGAUGAUGCCAAGGCCCAAAGCAGAGGCCGAAAGGGGACCCAAGGCUGUAGCACCUAGAACCCUAACUAGCUCAUCCUGAGCACCCCAGAGGCAAGUCUGUACACUGAAGGGAGGGCUGGGACACAGAGGCACAUCCAGGGUCCCACCUGCAUCCUCUGCUCCUUCCUCUCUCAGCCCUAAGUCACUUAACUUCCUCCCAGUGCCAUGACCCUGCCUGCAAACUCCAGUUCAAAUCUACACUAGUUGAGAGCAGGGCCAGGACACCAAAGAGACUGAAGCUCCCUCUGGGGUCUGAGGCAGUCAGUUCCCAAGUUUCGGAUUUCCAGAACCAUCUUCCUCCCCUACCUGUUGAGUCCCAGUCUACACCCCCACUGCUAACCAGCUCCACCCACAGGCAGAAACAACCACUAGCAUCAAGGAGAAAAAAAAAUCAUUUACAGAAAAUGUACAAAUCUCAUUCAGAAUACUACCCUACCUCAGAAUGUGGGGCUGGCCUGGAAAGGACAGGAAAGCAGAGGGGAUGGACGGCUUACCACAGCGGCAGAACCUGGGUUCUCCAGUCGCCACCUGACUCCCAAAGAGAAGAACCUCUGAUAGUCCAGGUCCUCAAAUGUCCCUGUCAAGCCCCUUCUCUGGACAGUCCUUGCUCUCAGAUCUCUAUUUCAUUUUGUGGCUUACCAUCUGAACCUGGCCAAGUUUUUCUGCCUACAAUGGCCUUGCCAUCUUGUGGCCAAAUGCAAAAUGACACCUCCUGACCCCAGCACAUUGCAGCGAGGUCAGUCACAGCUCUUGGUGCGGGACAGGGGCAUCAGGGCAUGAGAAGGUGGUAAGCCCUCUCUCACAAAGCAAGGCCACAGCCUAAACCAACUCCAGCCCUUGAUUUCCCUGCGGCCCAUAAAGGGGAAGCGGCCUGGCUGGAGCUGCCAAGGGAGCAAGGAGGGGAAGAAGAGGGAUGGGAAGGCACCGCCUCUACGGGGUCCUGAGGCUCGAGGUGAGGUGGGAGAGGCUUUAGCAGGUAUCAUCAGCAGGUUGUCAAUUAAAGAUUUGAUUUAUUC